AAUCCAAAUCCGCCCCCGCUCAACCUACACAUCCGAAUCCAUGCCACGCAUAGCCCAAACCUCCGUCUGGACGUCCAUGAUCCCACCCUUCAUCCGGCGCCUCGCCCGCGGCGGCGGCAAAUCCGAUGCCCCCGAAUCCAAAGAAUGGAACCCAGCCAGCUUCUACAUAAUCAUCUUCAUCCUAAUCGGCUCGCAGGCCAUCCGGAUGAUGAUGCUAAAGAAAGAUUACGCGGCGUAUACGAGGUCCACGGAUGCGAAGAUUGGGUUGUUGAGGGAGGUUAUUGAGAGGGUGAAGAGGGGGGAGGCUGUUGAUGUAGAGAAGUUGUUGGGGUCUGGGGAUGCGGCGAAGGAGAGGGAGUGGGAGGAGGUGUUGCGGGAGAUUGAGGAUGAGGAUUCGUUGUGGCAUCAGAGAGUUUCUGCGAAACAGGCUGGACAAGCUGAACAAGAGCAGCGAGGGGGUGUUGAUGCGCCGAAGGAACCGGUUAUUCCUGCUGAGGGGGAGGGGAAUACGGAGCCUCCGAAGGAUGGCAGUUCGAGACGGAAGUUGAAUUUCUUCUAGGAGAUUCAACCUCUUGGACCUGUACAACAAUUUACCGCAUAGACUCCCUCGAUAGGCAGUUGAAGAUUAGCAAGGUAAGUACUUGCACAUCAUUCUUGGGGCAUACAUAGUUAACAAUCAGCCCAGGUGAUGUACGAUUAUCGUGAUAUGAUGUUGCAUAC